AUGCACUUCUCCUCCCUCGCCGUCAUAACCCUCCUCUCUGCCCUAGCCGCAGCCAAACCCGGCAAGGUCGUCCUCUACGACACAGCCGGCUGCACAGGCAAUGAGCUCUGGACCGGCGAGGUCGAUCACGACCCCAUCUCGCCCUCCGGCGACGAGAUCAACGCAGCUCGUUCCUUCAAGUACGAGGGCUACUUCUCGCUCCUAGUGGCUAAGAACCACCUUCUCAACGACCACACUUGUGGAUACUGCAGCAACUACCACGAAGACCACUCUGGCGGUGGUUGCCAGGAUAUCAACACUGGAUGGCCUUUGAACGAGGGUCGCAUUGUUCCGGAGACCAAUGAUCCUAGUGAUAUUCCUUGCAGAAACUAUCUGAUCAACUGCCCUUUCCCCGUGCCGCCUGGUAAUGGACUUGAGGCGCAGGAGUAA